GAAAUGCAAACCCGUGUCCUGAAGCAUUGCCUUGUCCAGGAUAGACCAAUAUUUUGUUCUAUGUAGACCUUCAGUCUCUGUCACAUCAAGUCUUGAACUAAAAUAUGCAUUAAUAUUGAUCUAUCAUUAAUACCAAAAAGGACCUUCUGACCCCUGCCUACGGCUUGGUGAAAACGAAGGAGAGCGCACUAUUUCUGCUUGUUUAACAGAUGGCGAUGUCCCACAGAGCAAGAAUCUUUAUCUUCUGCCAACUUACCAGUUUCCCUGGACCAUUUCUGAGCAACUAAUUCUGGAACUGCACUGAGAUGGCACUGUGUGCUCUACACAUGAUACCCACUACCCAUACUGAAACAGAAAUUAAUCAUCCUUUGAGCAUUCCAUGAUUUUGAAAUCAAGCUUAUUCAAAAGAACUUCUCUAAAGCUCCCUGCUUUUUUAGAGUGGGACUAAGGCCCACAAUCUACAGCCACUUUCACAAAAAAAAAAAAAAAAAACCAAAAAAAAAAAACAAAAAAAACCAAAAAAAAACAAAAAAACAAGAAAAGAAAUAUUAAUGAAACAGUUUCAGAGGUGGCCUUUUAGUUUUGGAUUUUAUUUGGACCACUUAAAGAAGUAUGGGUAUGUCCUGCUUGUUGGAGAAGAAGAGAUUCAAAGACAUCUCUGCCACUGAAAUGCACCUAGUAUAGAUGAUGGCUUAUGAAGCUGGAACUUUGAGUGUAUACACAAUGUCAGGCAGCUCAACAGGUUGUGGUGUCUUCCUGGCAGAGAAGCUGCACCCUGAAGAUUUCUACCAGAAACUGUCUUGUUCCUGGCUGCACUGGCUGAGUGUAUGCAUAUUCGAAGGUUGAACUGAGCAGAACAGGGCUUUACCUUAUAAAUAUUUAGUUCCUUCGGUCCAUAUUGCUUUCUCAGUGGAUACUUACAACUAUAAAUUUAUGGCACUAAGAUUUGUGUUGCUUAAGUUGGAAAAAUGACUGCAUGAAAAGAAGUGGAAAGUCUUACUUUAUUUCCACUUAGUUUAUAAAAGAAUAUCAGUGGCCACUUCUGUGGUUUCCUGGAGGAUCCAGACUACGAUUUGGUGGGCUGCUGGGUAAUCAUGAAGGUGCUCUCACUGAAGGAAAGGACCUCCUGUAACCAGACAUUUAUGUGCAGCAAUGGUGAACUCUGUUUUCGAGCAGCCUUUAGUACUGGAAGAUGCUAAAGCAUCAGCAAUGGGGAAUUUCUACUUUCUAGCCACAUCUAUCAAAGCUGAGACCCGAAAUAGCCCUGGGACUCCCAUGGUCCGUCACAGGGUCUGAGGAGAGUGAGAAAAGGAAUAUCAUUCUAUUUCUCAGAAUUGCAUAUAGCAUUUCAAAAAGUGACCUCUUCCCAGAUGUAGCCAAACCUCUGUUGGCAAUGGGAGCACGUAGCCUUUUGAAGGAUGAAAGCUUUAGGUCUCCGGCUUGCCACUCCUUCAUUUUCCUUUUGGAAAAAUGAGAAGAAAAUCACCUACAAAUAAUAUCGGCCACUUUUUUUAUUCAAGAAAUUAAUAAUUCUAGCAAGCCAGCAAGCCGGCAAGCCUUCCCACAGUCACGUGGUGCAUCACAGUCACAGUCCAUGAAUGAGGAGGCCCACUCCAGGUUAGUUUGCUUGUGAUCUACCACCUUAUCUUCAAACAGAAGACUCCAAAUGUUUAUGCCUUCUGCAAUUUUUUUCCCCUGACUUUUAUGUCAGUUGUGCCCUGGUAUGUAAUUCUGUGCCUUUGCCACAUUUUGACCCAGUCCAUGCAUAAGGUUUGCCCUCAGUUUAUCCAAUACCAUCGGAUUCAGUGGCCUUCUGUCAUCUGUUCUCCACACAAUCGCCUGGCCUCAGCACUGUGUGGCUGGCUGCCCUCCAGAUCCUCAUCCUGGAAGCAGCUGUCCUCACAAGGAGAGAGGAGCUUGGUUCAUCUGUAAAUAUUUUCAAGGAGCGGGACUCAAUGUCACAAAGAGGUCAAGGCUUCAGUCAUGUGGGAAGAGUGACAUGAUAGCAUAUGAGAAACGAUUAAACUUAGCAGGCAGUACUGUGCCUCUAAAGUGACAGAGACCUAAAGCGAACCAGUGUAUAUUAGAAGCCUUGCCUUACUGUCUUUCUAGCUAGGCUCUCCAAAUUCAACCUUAAGAUACUCGUGAUGUUGCCUGGAGCAUUUCAGUGAGCUCUUUGUAAAGCUUGGUUCUUCAGACCUCUCUUAAGUACUUUACAUAUACAAGGUUAGGAUGUACCCCUGAAGUAAAGAGAGUAUCAAAUAUUAGCAGAUACAGGCUCAGGGAGUUUGCCUUCUAUUUAGACAAUUUUGGUGAAUUCUAGUCUCCACACAGACUGGAAUAUUAAACAUGUCAUGAUGAAGUCGGAAGAAAUGGGCACCAAAGGAAAGGAUGGAUUAUUGUCACUGGGAGGAUUCAGUGUUAUGCAAGAAGUGGGUGUUGACAUGAAAUGUGGAUGAGUUCUUUUACCCUCUUGUAUGCUAGUGUCUGAGAUGUACAUUUCUUAGGAAGAACACAAUGUAAUGAAAAAUGAGGUGUGUUAUUUGAAGGUGAGUUAAUAUGGAGCAUCAUUGCUAGCAGUCAGAGCUGACUAGAGAAGAGCUCAUUCUGAAUGAAACGUAGAAAAGAGUUUGAUAGGCUAUGUGAGACCAUUUUGGAUGUCUAUCAAAGUUCACAUCAAUGAGAAACAUGCCCUGUGGAGAAGAGGGUCCCAAGGUCUAGGUUAGGAGUAAUAAACUACUCUUCUAACACUGCUGGAAGAAGAUGGAUGGACCACAAAGGCUCUGAGGACACACUACUUGAAUUCAAAUUUCAGCCUCUAGUUUUCUGUGUGUGCCGUUACGUUACAUGAAUCAUUUACUCUCUGUACCCACAGUGUGCUCAUGUGUAAAAAGAGGAUUAAAGUUGACCAAGUCUUCUUAAACUUUCAACUUGGACACUCAGCAUGCAAAGUAUAUAAACAAAUCAAAUGUUAUUAAUAAUAAAAGAUGACUUUAUUUUAAAAUAACUCUUUUGUUUAUGUAACUGUUUACUACUUGUAAAAGACAAAAACAAAUGUAUAAACCUGUGCGAUUUUUUGAGUUUAUUUAUAGGAAAAGAAGUAUAUCAUGGAUGACUAUUUGACAUCACAGCAUGUGAAGCAAAUUCAAGAUUUUUCAGUUGAACGAUAUUUUGACUUAAUAAUUGUUACUACUAGAGUGACACUUUGCCUGUACUACAUGCAGUACAAAUGGCAGAAGUAAAAAAGCUUCAUGCUAUUUCAGAAAUGGUUGAAAACUCUGCUCUACUCCCAGGCAAAAAUUCAUAAAACAAUUGUCAAAAGAUUCAUUAACUCAGAUAAAAACUUAAAGUCAAUCAUUCUGAAACAAUGCAAUUAAAUCAAUUUGAGUUUAGUACUCACCAAGGAAUGGUGGUAGGAAGAUAUGAAAAUACUUUGUUUUUUGUUAUUAAACCAUCAUGAUUCUAUAAGAGCCUCACUAUUUAUACAUGGAUGGCCUGGAGCUUGCCUCAAACUCACAGAGAUCUGAUUGCCUCUGUCUACUGGAUGAUGGGAUUAAAAAUCAUACUCCACCAUGUUUGGCUGACUAGGGUCCUAAAGAAAGGUUAGUCAUGUCCUUUUAAAUAAAGUACAGGUAUUAUUUCAAACAUAUUGGGUAAAGAUCCAAAAGACUGAUAGAACAUAAAUUCUUAAUGUAACAAGAAAUAUUCUCUUUUAAGCAUCAAUGUUCUUUCGUAUUCUUUCAAGUAAGGGAUGCCAGUUAGUGCAGGUUACAUUCUGAGUAUAGAUUUAGUGAAUUGUUGGGGAGCUGCUAACGGUUUAGACUGACAUAUGUAAUAAUCCAAGAAAUAUGGUUUGCCAAGCAUGAGACCAGUACAAUUCUAGGAAGGAGAGACAAAGAAAGGCAAAAAGGACAGGACUUUCACCCUUGUAGAGCCUGUUUUAUCAGAUUGCCAACAGAGGGAGAAGAACAUUGACAGAAAGAAAACAGCAUCAAGAAAACUUGCUCAUGAGCAAGGAACCUGACUGAUGAGACAAAGAGGGUCUGAGAUACUAAGGAAGGCUUUUCUAUGGAGAACACACUUAAACAGGGAGGCAAUAAGACCCAUGGGAAGGACAAGAAUAUUACAGGGUGAGAAAGAAGACCCUGGAGUAGCCCAGGGAUCAGCUUAGGUCUGCAAGUGUUUUAGCAAUCGAAACAGCAGCCUGCCAAGGACAGAGUGGAGGAGAAACAGAAAUAAGAUAAGGAGUUGUGGUAGGUCACAUCAUGGCAACGACUUAAAUAACUCACUCAUGGUCUCCUCUUUGCACUGCUAAAACUUGGCAGCCCAGUAUAUCCUUUGGAGGAGAAAUGAUUAAAUAGUAAAAUAAAUAAUAAAAAUAGCAUUACUUUUCUUUUAUUCCUUUGUUUCUCUAUCAUCACCGGGAAAAUAUAAAACUCUCAUUUUCAUUUAUUUAUUUUUUUGGAGGGGGAAAUUCAGGCUCCACGGUUUUUCUCUUGCUCAAGGUCACCCAGCUUGUAAAUGAUAUAGCUGUAUUCAAAAGGGCCUUAGGAUUCCAGGGCCAGAGAGUCCCUGUUUUGUCUAACCUCCAGAGAAUACAUUGCUGUCCUCUUUGCAGAGACCCCAUAGGAGAAGCUGUAAUUGGAGCUAAACGUUUUGCAAGUCCUCUGCUUUUGAGUGCAUGAAUGUUUGUCUUAGGGCAGAGGAGCAGUGAGUGUCUACCAGGGAGAAAUGGUCUAGUGAUUGUGUGCUUUUUUUGUUUCCAGUUCUUAUAGUCAACCUUUGUUUUUAUAGCAAGAGUUGAUGACUUACUACCAACUUUGCAUAUCUGGACUGUAUGGAACAUGGCAUAAGACUCCAUGACAUUUUAAAACGAGCAUGAAAUGUGGUAAAUAAGCUGGCAUUUACUCAAGGGCUCUAUAUCAGCUGUUUUUGCACUUUGCCCCCUCCAUUAAGUUAACUGCCAGGCUGGGGCCAUUAAAAUGUGGCACUUUUCCCUCAAUUAUUGCCACACACUAACUGUAGUUAUUCUAAGCCCCCCUCAUAGAAUCAUUUUCAGAAAGGGUUUGGUGUUUCCGUUCAGUGUAGCCUUUCUUGAUUGUCAGGUCCCUCUGGUUUGGUAAUUUUGGGUUCUGAAUAUGCCUAUCUGAAAGUCGAAUCUCUGUUGAUGAUGCAUUCCCAAAUCCUAGUAUUCUAUUCGCUUAAAAGAAAGUCCUAGAAAUAGAGACAUAUUGUACUCCCCGCAGAAAGCAGCAUUUGUUGCUUUCUGGGGGCUUUCUGAUUGAUGCGGGAUGGGAGGGGGGAAGAGUUGGCUGCCUUUUGGGAGCAGAUUUAAAGCUGCUUCUCAUUGGAGGGGCUCACAUUCUCUAAGCUGCCAGACACUGCAGGCUCAACCCAGGCGCGGAGGUGCAAUUCAGGCUGGUUGAGCAGCGGGGGAAGGCAAGGACAGGCGGGGCUAGUGUGGUUCUGCAGCUGAUCACACGCACCAGCACACACACACCUCAUUCUGGUUGCCUCCGCUUGAGCCUUGCAUCCUCCAUCCAUCCGGGACAAGCAAAGGGCGGACAUGGAAUAGGAGAUCGAAGGAAGGAAGACUCAAAUGUUUCUAUUGAGAGGCAUGGGAAAAGCUGGAGCAAAAGCCGGUGUUUAACCUGAAAGUCUGACCUCCGUUCAGCAGUCGCACUGUCGCCUGGAAAGAGGGCAUCGCACGCUAAGGAACCCGGGAGUCAGGCGUCCGAGUCAGUCUCUGCUUGGAGCAUCAGGGGUUUCUGGCAGAGGCUGUGUAGUGUCCCCAGGGAGGCACGGAGCCUGACACACCUGCAUUGGUUCUCAUCUUGGAACACCAAGAAAAGUAGAAAGGGGUCAGGCACCCUAAGCGCAGGGUGCUUGGCCAGACUGCCUGUGCUGCUUGCAGAGCCUCCGCCUGUUCUCUGUCACUGGGUGAGUGCCCAGGCUUCCAGAGCUCCCUGGAGCGCAGGGGUAGCUUGACGUCCGCUCACCCCCUCCGGAGAGUCCACCCAAAGGCCCAGGUGGAGCGCGUGAAAACUCGGCCGCCGGCGCACCUCAGGAGUACAGGUCUCUAGAGUCCCGGGAGGGGGAUUCUGAACCAGCAGAGAGUGGGUAGGGGGCGUUGCACCGCUGCCCAGGAGACAUGCCUCUGGGCGGGAUUUUGGCUAAAAGAUAGGAGGCGGGAGUGACAAGGGACCUAGGGACACUCCUGGGGGGCGGGUGAUUAGGGUGCAGCUGGGAGGGGGGAGGGUCUGGACCAGGCAGGUGGAGCAGUUUAGAAGCUUGGGGAGUUAGCAGGUGGGGUGGGACUUGUUUGUCAAACUCAUUAAUUUUCAGCAACCAGUUCAUGGGUGCUGCAGGACAGUCGAGGGUGGGGUGCCGUGGAAAGGUAAGAGGUGGCCCGGGAUGGUGAUGGUGGGGGGAAAAAGAGAAGCCUCAAAGAGCUCAGAGGCAAAUUUUCACUUGGGUUCUUGCCCCUUGCAUUCCCCUUGCCUUGAGUGUGGGAGAACACUUCUGUUUUAGCCCUGCUCCUGGAAAGAAAGCCUCUGUCCCAGGGGAGGAGAGGCAUCCGGACGGGGCAAAGACUGCUGCUACCUGCAGGGUGCUCCCCACCCCCACCCCCAACCCAGGCGCCUGCUUUCGUCCCCUCCCCUCCUGCUUUCAUCCCCUGCCCCCACCUCCUUAUUGGUGCUGGUUUGCAGCGCUUGGCUCCUGCGCCUCCGCUUCGUGUUUGAAUCUGGCUCGCCCCUCCGUAUUAUGUCUGCACUCCGAAGGAAAUUUGGGGACGAUUACCAGGUAGUGACCACUUCGUCGAGCGGUUCGGGCUUACAGCCUCAGGGGCCAGGACAGGGCCCGCAGCAGCAGCUGGUGCCCAAGAAGAAACGGCAGCGGUUCGUGGACAAGAACGGCCGGUGCAAUGUGCAGCAUGGUAACCUGGGCAGCGAGACCAGUCGCUACCUUUCGGACCUCUUCACUACCCUGGUGGAUCUCAAGUGGCGUUGGAACCUCUUUAUCUUCAUCCUCACCUACACCGUGGCCUGGCUCUUCAUGGCGUCCAUGUGGUGGGUGAUCGCUUAUACCCGGGGCGACCUGAACAAAGCCCAUGUCGGCAACUACACUCCCUGUGUGGCCAAUGUCUAUAACUUCCCCUCUGCCUUCCUCUUCUUCAUCGAGACCGAGGCCACCAUCGGCUAUGGCUACCGCUACAUCACAGAUAAGUGCCCCGAGGGCAUCAUCCUCUUCCUCUUCCAGUCCAUCCUUGGCUCCAUCGUGGACGCUUUCCUCAUCGGCUGCAUGUUCAUCAAGAUGUCCCAGCCCAAAAAGCGCGCCGAGACCCUCAUGUUUAGCGAGCAUGCGGUUAUCUCCAUGAGGGACGGAAAACUCACUCUCAUGUUCCGGGUGGGCAACCUGCGCAACAGCCACAUGGUCUCCGCGCAGAUCCGCUGCAAGCUGCUCAAAUCUCGGCAGACACCUGAGGGUGAGUUCCUUCCCCUUGACCAACUUGAACUGGAUGUAGGUUUUAGUACAGGGGCCGAUCAACUUUUUCUUGUGUCCCCUCUCACAAUUUGCCACGUGAUCGAUGCCAAAAGCCCCUUCUAUGACCUAUCCCAGCGAAGCAUGCAAACUGAACAGUUCGAGGUUGUCGUCAUCCUGGAAGGCAUUGUGGAAACCACAGGAAUGACUUGUCAAGCUCGAACAUCAUACACAGAGGACGAAGUGCUUUGGGGUCAUCGUUUUUUCCCUGUAAUUUCUUUAGAAGAAGGAUUCUUUAAAGUCGAUUACUCCCAGUUCCAUGCAACCUUUGAAGUUCCAACCCCUCCUUACAGCGUGAAAGAGCAGGAGGAAAUGCUUCUCAUGUCCUCCCCUUUAAUAGCACCAGCCAUAACCAACAGCAAAGAAAGACACAAUUCUGUGGAGUGUUUAGAUGGACUAGAUGACAUUAGCACAAAACUUCCAUCGAAGCUGCAGAAAAUUACGGGGAGAGAAGACUUUCCCAAAAAACUUCUGAGAAUGAGUUCUACAACCUCAGAAAAAGCCUAUAGUUUGGGUGAUUUGCCCAUGAAACUCCAACGAAUAAGUUCAGUUCCUGGCAACUCGGAAGAAAAACUGGUUUCUAAAACCACCAAGAUGUUAUCUGAUCCCAUGAGCCAGUCUGUGGCCGAUUUGCCACCAAAGCUUCAAAAGAUGGCUGGAGGACCUACCAGGAUGGAAGGAAAUCUUCCAGCCAAACUAAGAAAAAUGAACUCUGACCGUUUCACAUAGCAAAACACCCCUUUAGGCAUUAUUUAAUGUUUUGAUUUAGUAUUAGUCCAAUAUUUGGCUGAUAAGAUAAUCCUCCCUAUGAAAUCUGAGAGGUCUAUCCUAGCCUGGCAAAUAGAUCAGAGAACUCUUCAUUGAAGUGUUAUUAUUGUGCUGAACAUAAGUUAUGAAGGGAGGACAUCAUAAGGAAGCUACUAGUCGGCAUGUAUUAUCACAUCAAGCAUGCAAUAAUGUGCAAAUUUUGCAUUUAGUUUUAUGGCAUGAUUUAUAUAUGGCAUAUUUAUAUUGAAUAUUCUGGAAAAAUAUAUAAAUAUAUAUUUGAAGUGGAGAUAUUCUCCCCAUAAUUUCUAAUAUAUGUAUUAAGCCAAACAUGAGUGAAUAGCUUUCAGGGCACUAAAAUUACAUACAUACAUACAUACAUACAUACAUACAUACAUGCAUAUGCACAGACACAUACACACAAAUACUCAUAUAUAUAAAACAUACCCAUAAAAACAUAUAUAUCUAAUAAAAAUUGUGAUGUUUUGUUCAAAUUUGUAUUUCUUGUGCAUGUUUACUUUAUUAGACUAGAAAGGCUGCUGGCAUUGAUUAUGAAUACCAAAUAUUUUAGCCUUAAAUUAUUUGUUACUUAAAAAUCUGAUUUAAUGUUUUCUGCUGUUGCCGUCAUGGAAUCUUUCAACUGUACUUUACCAUGAAAAGAUAGCAGAGAUUGGUGGUGUCAAAUGACACCACAGAGACAUCAUUAUUAUGCAUUUAAUUUGUAAAUUUUAGAGUGUGCUGGUACAUAGCACACAUCACUGAACUUUUCUUAUGAUUUUUAGAAGUCACUAGAACUUGGGUGGGGGAGGGGUUAGUAAAAGUUAGUUAACUCAUCGAUUCUGAAGCUAACUAAUAUCUGGAAUUUGGUUUUGUACUCUAAUAAAACUACGGGCUCUGAACAAAUGCGGAAUCAUUGGAAGAGUCAGUAGCUUAUUGUGACUAUGUCAGAGUCUAUGUGAAACUGACAGGGUAAACAGUGCCUGUGGCCAAAUGAGUUGGUUGCCAAUGUUUUCUUCUUUUUUCCGGAUCUUUUGUCAUCCAUAAAGACUUGUAGAUAUUUCAGGAGACAUGACAGCACAAUGAAACAGAUGAUAAAUUCUUUUGCUGGAAAUGCAUAUGCCUAACAGAGACUCCCUUUACACUGUUCUCCUGUUUCUGGCAUUUGUUGUGAAAGGAGAGACUAUUUACUGGUCUGGAAACCUAUUCCAGGUCUGUCACUCAGAGUUUAGCACAGACCUGAGAGAAAUUAAUAUCAAAUGAUCUGACAAUGUUUGUACACUCAGGAUUUUUUGGUUUUGUCUUGGUGUUGAACAAUUCUUUUAUUGUUGCCUUGAAUCCCUGGCCUCAGAAUAAUUUUAGUGUUACUAGCUUUCAACCCCCAACAUCUGACUGGUAUCAAACUUGGUCAGAAGUAUACCUUGAACACAAAGCUUUAGAAUAAAAAAGUUUUUUGAAACUGCAGAAGUACUUCUUUGCAUACUAAUGUAGAUUUUCCUACACAAUUUAUGAGGGAUUUGUAAUAAUCCAACUUGGCCCAGAAUUGAUUUAACUUUUCAUUAAUAUAUAAAUCACUGAUGGUUGGUUUGAGCACACAGCAUUCCUUAUUGUUUAGUGAUCCUGCGAUAAUUUUAUUAGAGGCAAAUUAUUACAUCUACAGUAUAUCAUCCACUAUAUCUUCUGGCUACCUCUGUAUCAACCAAAUUCUGUAGGUGCAAACACAUAACAGGGAAUUACUACUGGAGAAAUGAUCAACAUUAGCAUCCAUCCACUGUGAAUAGAGCAGUUGCCCUACCCCUUGAUCACCAAAUGUUCUUAUUUGCUACAUGGAGGUGAUGAAAUAUUAGCAGACAGAAAAAGGGGACCAGUGGGUAUCGUAUAUUUAGCAGUGGAGGAAGCUGCAUAGAUCAUUUAGUCCAACACCUUAAAACUAUACAGAGCCAUAAUAUUCUUCAGAGAGUCAUUUUAAUUUGUUUUUGGUAUUGCAAAGAACCAAAAACAUGCUCUCUGAAUUUAUUCAUUUAACAAAAUUUUUGCAUGCCUUCUUUGACCUAGGCAUUGUUUUUGUUUCUGUUUUUUUUUUUUGUUUUUAGUUUAGUUCCUGGGGAUUUAGACAUGUACAUGGUAUCAGCAAGAGAAAGAGAGAGAGACAGAGAGAUACAGAGAGAGACACAAGAGAGACACAGAGAGAGACACAAAGAGAAACAGAAACGGAGAGAGACAGAGACACAGAGACAGCAAGAGACACGGAGACAGAGAGAGACACAGAGAGAAUAUUCAGUAGUCAACAUUUCAAUUAGAAAAAUGAAAACAAGGUAGUAAUGGAAAUGGGUAUAGGAUGAUAUGUAUUCAGAAUAUGAUAUUUAGGGAGUUGAUUAACAUUAGGAGUGAAAAACCUGACGAGAAAGAGCCAGUGUUGCCAAAACUCAAUCCAAGUGAUCAGUACACUUUGACCUUUUCCGCAUACGUGUGGGAACAGUAUGAUUUCUGCAUGUACUUGCAGUUUAAUCCCUAUUCCUAGGUUGAUCAUAGGAUCCAGUCUGCCCAGGAAAAUCGAGGUUUAUACUUGUUGUACUUGUGUAAUUAUAAGUAGCCCUCUCUUUAAAUCCUAUUAUGUCCUGGUUUGGAUGAUAUAUGGUAAAGUUUUGUUGACACUAACAAAAUUAUUGAGUCUAAUAUAUUUGGAAAAAUAAAGAAUUGCUUUCUUCUCCUUU